CCCUAGUAAACAAAAAAAGAGCUAGUUUCACAUUGUUUUUUAAAAACAUUAAAUUUCACAUAGAAAAACAAUAAAAUGGUGCAAGAUCUAUUGUCAGCGCAAGGUUUACGGAUGGAUGGACGAAGACACAAUGAAUUGAGGCAGAUUCAAUGUAAAUUAGGUGUACUUGAAAGUGAAUUAUUUACACACAAAAACAGAUGCGAUGGAAGUGCCUACAUGCUUCAUGGAAACACAAAAGUGAUUGCGUCGAUCUCAGGACCAAAACAUCCAUCAAAGAGUUCAGGCAAAAAGGAUGAAUCAUUCAUAUUUAAUGUACGAGUAAAAUUUGCAACAUUCUCAAAGAAUGGCGAAAGACAGAAAGUUUUAAAGAACAGUAAGAAGUUAGGUGAAAUAGAGAUAAACUUGAAGAAUAUAUUUAAAUCAGUCAUAUUGGUGGAAAAGUAUGAGAAAUCACAGCUUGAUUUAAAUAUAGAAGUUCUGCAGCAUGACGGUGGAAGUGAAAUAUGUACGAUUGUUAAUACUGCAACAUUAGCUUUAAUAGAUGCCGGAAUAUGUAUGAAAGAAUAUGUCUGUGCAUGCACAGCAUCCUUAACAAAUGAUGGUUUAGCUCUUUUAGAUGUUUCCCAUUUAGAAGAGAUUUGUGGUGGACCAACUUUAACAAUUGCCGCAUUACCUCGAAUUGGAGAUCAUGAACAAAGCGUCGCAUUCAUCGAGUUAUCACAAAAGUUUUAUCUAAAGGAUUUAAACAAAAUUUUCGAUUGCUGUCAAUUGGGAUGUGAAAAAAUUCGCACUAUACUAGAUGAAGCAAUUAGAGGUAAUGCUUAUGAACAUGUUAAUUCUGAUCUGACAAGCAAUUGAAUGAUGUAACUGAAAUAAAAGAAUAAUGUCACAAAAGGAAAUCCA